CAACUUCUUGACUGGAGUUAUCAUUCUUGAGUUCCCAUUCCGGAAGUAGAGGUCUCUACAUUACUUCCGGGAAUAUUGUCACGCAACGGAACAUCUGUGACUGGCUUCAAGAUGCCGCCCAAAGGAAAACAAGGGACAAAAGGACAGAAGCAAAUUGAUGAGGAAAAUAAAACAUCACUGAAGUUUUAUCUUAUGAUAAUUGGAGGUGUAAAUGUAUUUUAUGUCCUUGUCCAGUUUCUGUUUUUCUGGGACCAGUUUACAACAGGAUCAAUCGUGAUGUUUGUACUGGCACUUGGUGUUCACUUUGCAAGUUACCAGUUUAUGGGGUCAAUAGCUUCCCGUAAUCUGGAUCUCAACAUGGAGUCAGGCAUGGCAGAGCAUUCUAAGGACCUGUUGAUUCUAACCGCUAUAGUACAGACAAUGUCUCUUAUAUCAAACUAUUUCUGGAUUUUUUGGUUGCUGGCUCCAGGACGAGCAUUCUACAUGUUGUGGGUAAAUAUUUUGUCUCCCUGGUUUUUUGAGGCCCCUCCAGAAGUUGAUGAGAAGAAACAGAAAAAGAUGGAGAGGAAAAUGAAGAGACACCAUUGAUGAUGAUGCUAGCAUAAUUGUAUUUAUACCAUUCCCUUGUCACAUGUUCUACCACUCAUGAUUCACAAGCCGCCCCUGUACAUUGUCCGAUUAUCAGUUUGCAUCUUAAUGAAAUGUUAUGAAUAAAUGAUUUUAAAUGA